CAUGGCUUCAGGAGCUGCUGGAUCGGGAAGCUAGGAGCAGACAUUUGGGGGAAACGCAUAAAACUGCAACGUUAAGAGCACUGACUGCAUAAGUGGAUUUUAUUCCAGGCAUUGUCAGCUUGCACAUAUGGUAGACGAUCCAAACACGUAGCUCAAAGGCUGCACUGCAACAAUGCCGGAGUCCUCCUUGGAAGUCAAGGACAUUCGCAGCAGCUCCGUUGAAUGUAGACCAUCUCCCUUGAGACAGUUUAGCCAAUCAUCGCUGCCACUGCACAGAAACUACAUGCUCAGUGACUUCUGCACUGAGCACAAUGUGCAGGAAUGUCUAUCUCACAUCAAUCAGGAGGUGUCGUCUCUUGGCCUCCCACCACUUUGGACGGAGGCGAGCGGUAGCUCAGAGAUGAAGGUCGUCCCUGUGCUAAACUGCAUGUAUGACCUGAUUCAGUUGCACCACAGGGGCCUCCGGACCUUGGAAAACAUGGAGGUGGAGCAGCUUAAGACCAGCAGUAAUGUGGACUUCUUGCAGCUAUCCAGCACCCAUCUAAAGGAGCAGCUCGAACUGUCCAAAAGAGAAAACACAGGACUCCUUGAGAGAGAACGGCAGCUGCAGCUGAAAGUGAAGACUUUGCAAAACAGCCUAAAAACUGAAAAAGAAGAGCUGGAGCAGUUGGUGUGUAAGCAACAGCAGGAGGCUGAGGGGAUGAACCAGCUUCCAGGUGAGCGAGGACACGUUCAGCUGUUCGGCAAGGUGAUUCACCUGAGUAUUGACGGAGGCUUGAAAAUGUUCCUGACGGCCGGUCAGGUCCUUCACCCCCAGGUUGAUGGCACCCAGCUGCUCCUCAUGCUGGUGUAG